CGAUGGCUGCGUAUGUGUGUUUUUCCACCCUACGCAACCCACCUACGCUAGCCGCUGUACAGGCGCACGUCGUGCAAACGAUCGGGAAAGUUGAACCAAAAGUCGAACAUCAACAACAUUAAAACAGCAAAAUCCACGAUCGUGUGUGUGUUGAGUGAUGAUUUAUUUUUAAUUAGACGCGCGAACAUGCACGAAACCUUAGUAGCCCGUGAUUGCUCUUUAGAAUGUUAUGUUGUUGCUAUUGUAGCAAUUAAUCGCAACAAAACAGGUGGCACAGAUCACAGGAACCCGUGUUUAAGUGUGUAAAACAAAACAAAAAAAUACAGAAAAGAAACGAUCGUGCAAGAUCGCUUUUCGAAGUGAGAUGUGAGAUCUUUCGUGCAAAGGUCUAGUGAGCAGUGAGCCUUUGUGAGGAGCGCGUGGAAGAAGCGCUGAAAGUGUAAACAAGUAAAAGGGAGAGAGAGAAGAAAGGGAAAAUUAUAAGAACGUGGUCUUCGAAGAACCAAACUCGAAAACGAAGGGUCCAAAAGCGAACGAGUGACGGAGAAUUUUACACAAAAAAAGAGGCAACGCUAAAGAUCGUACAAGCAGGUCCAGACUUGUGAGGUUCUUUCUUAUGAUUAUGUUCAAUACAGUCUUGCUCGAGACGAUGCUGUUUUGGUGAAGACGUCGAGAGAGAGAGAGAGAGAGAGAGAGAGAGAGAGAGAGAGAGAGAGAGAGAGUGGAAGUGAGAAAGGGCAAGGGAAGAACAUCAUUAAACAUCCCAAACUCGCCGGAACAGGGUCGAGGAAAAAAAGCAACGUUAGCUGCAGCGUCGGUCAUCGCGCCCGACGUCCGUCUCGAGAUCGUCUGAGGGAGGUUGGAUUUUUUUUCGGGGGAAAUAACUGUGCCGUCUAGCAACGACGCUAACGAGUGCAACGAGAGUCUCAUCUGGAAGGCUAUUAGCAGCGGGUUACGGGGUUUUUUAUGUGGCCCAAGCUAGAAGGAACCUAGGCUAGCGGGCAUGGUACACCCCAAAUCGUCACCAUGGAGUUGUUAGUGUGAAGCCGUCGUCUCGUGAUCGCGUUGGAAAUGCAAUUACCAGUGAGGCAGUGGAUCGUUAUUGUGUAAGAUUUGGGGCUCAACUAGUGUGCGCGAGUGGGUUGAAGUGCAAACGAUACAAGUUUUAAACGGUUUUAUAGUGAAAAGAAGUAUAGAGAGCUUUCCAAAAAUGGCACUACUGCCCAGUGUGUUGUGUGCGGUGAUCGCACUGUCGCUGCCGGUACGGCCAACGGUUGCUACCAACACGGAUUUCUCCACCCAACGGACCUGCGAACCGAUCCGGAUCGAGCUGUGUCGUGGCAUCGGGUACAAUGAAACGUCCCUGCCCAACAUCGUUGGGCACGAGCUACAGUCCGAUGCUAACUUUACGCUCCAAACGUUCUUCCCGCUGAUCCAGUUCGGAUGUAGCAAGCAGCUAAAGUUCUUUCUCUGCGCCACCUACGUCCCCAUGUGUACGCCCAAGGUGUCGAUGCCCAUCGGGCCCUGUCGAAGCCUCUGCAACACGGUCAAGAAUCGGUGCCACCCAAUCCUGCAAGGGUUCGGGUUUCCGUGGCCCUCGGCCCUGGACUGCAAUCGGUUUCCGGAGGAGAACAAUCACGAGCACAUGUGCAUGCAGGGGCCGGGUGAACCGGCCGAGGGCGAAGUGCUCGUGUCGGAUCGUCCCUCCUGCCAGGGCCUGCAGCGGUCCAACCUGUACGUGCAGCUCAACCGGUCUGGGCGGUGUGCACCGCUCUGCGAGGCGGACAUAAUGUUCGAACAGAACGAGAAACACUUUGCCGAGGUGUGGCUGACGUCGUGGAGUGUGGCUGCACUGGGGACGGCAAUCGUCGCCACGCUCUGUCUCAUCCUGUCGACCAAGCGGUGGGACAAGAGCCUGAUGCCGCUCGUCAUUAGCCACUGUCUGGUGACGGUCGGGUGGGCCGUUCGGUGGCUCGCUGGGCGCAAUGCUACGGCCUGCGGGUACGAUCCGCAACUGCCGGGCGUUGCGCUGCUGCUAACGGACGGCCUGUCGACGGCACCGUGUGCGGCCACGUUCCUGCUGCGGUACUACUUUGGCCUGUCGGCAGCUGUUUGGUGGGCGAUCCUCUGUUUGCGUUGGAGCAAAUCGGUCCGCCGGCUGCUCGGCACCGACCUUACCUCGCCCGCCGAUCUGCACGCGGAAAAGCCGAACUCGUCCCACGACACGCUGUUCCAGCUGGCGGCCUGGGGCAUACCGGCGGUCCUCACCGUGAUCGUGCUGGUGGCAAGGCUCGUCGACGCAGAUGAACUUUUCGGAUCCUGUUUCAUCGGAAACCAAUCCGACAAAGCGCUGCUAACGUUCGUGAUCGUGCCGCUGCUCUCAAGCUGGGUCAUCGGGUCGGGCUACCUGUUCACCGCCUACCUCCGCAAACGGUCGGCCGCCCCACCGCUCGUCCACAACCUGCCAGUGCACAUACACGGGAUGGGCAAGUUCCUGUUCAUCUACGCCGUCCCGAGUGCGGCCCUGCUCAUGCUGAUGUUCUACGAGUACGCCUGCCGGGAGAACUGGCUCCAUCUGCCGCACCCGUCCCUCGACUCACCUCUCCAUCCCUCCCGGGCCCCACUGUGGCCGUUUUUGCUGCGUGCCUUUAUCGAGCUGCUUGUCGGCGUGCUGGCGUCCGCCUGGGCCGUCGGGCCACGGAUCGUUGGUCUGUGUCGGGGGCGUGAUGGCACCGGUGGGGGUGGCGUUGGCGGUGGCAUGGGUGUUGGGGGACGGGGCGGUGGCGUUGGGAAGCUUUCGGCCGGUUCCGUGUACAAGCAGCCGGUCGGCGGGCUUCCCAAGCUGGGUGGCUUUGCGGGCGGCGCACCGUCCACCUACUCGACCGCCUCCUACCAGACGGUUUGUCCGCAGAACUCGCUCGUGGCGGUGUCGAUCGGGAAGCUGCCCUCGGUACGGCACGCCCGGAAGUAUCCGUCCCACUCGCACAUUAACCGGAAGCCGCGCAGCUACAAGAUGUCGACGCAAACGAUCAGUCUGACGGGCAACGAGACGGUCCUGUGAGAGGGCGUGUGAGUGAGGGGAGUGUGAAGGUGUGUGCCAGCAGGCACGACAAGUUGUGAUAUUAAUGUUAAACUAUUAAAUUAUUGCAAGAAGAACGUCCAUCGCCGUUCGGGAAGGGCUUGAAGUGGCGCUUUGGGUGUUGAAGCGAAUAACUACAUAGGAACUUCAAGUUGUAUAAAAGAGAAGAAACAUAGCAAACGAAACUUUAGAAUUUACAAAACAAAACGUCUACUUCAAGAUACUUUAAAACAGCAACAAAUAGUGUAAAAAGUGUAGAUUACUUAAAGCAAAGUCGUACGAUCAAGUGGA